GUGCAGAUGAUGUGUGGUGGUCAGCUUGUUUAUUCUUAUGAAUUUCUCAGCCUUGAAUAAAGAUUGAUAUCAUUGACUGACAUCUUACGGUGAAAAUACGAACAAAACAUUCCGUCAUAAUUGACGCAUGCGCAAACAAAUUGCAAAUGGCGGCCCGUGUUAUUGUUCCAUGGCGUACAUGAAUCCAAGGCGAAUUUGGGUCUAAUUUUCAAACCUUUAGGUUUGUGUGAGGUGCAUGGUCAUCAUGGGUCCUCACGAUGAGGAAUACGUCGAGGCACAGUUGACAUGCAAAGGAGACUUCUAUGACCCAGAGUUCCACAGUCAACUGUUAUCCCUCAGCAAUAGAUUGCAGCAAUUGAUUCAGACUGAUAAAGAAAGAAGACUGAUCAUCAAGAAAGUGGAACCCUGGAAUAGUGUCCGUGUAACGUUUAACAUACCAAAAGAGGCAGCAUUGCGACUGAAGCAGCUUGCGGAGCAAGGAGAUCGGACGUUGCGAGAACUAGGGAUUAUGGCUGUGCAAAUAGAAGGAGAUCGUGCCAUUAGUUUAACAAUUGCUGGUAAAAACAAUGAGACAACUGAGUUGGUUUUUAGAACUGGGCCUAGUAAGGCUACUAAAGCACCAGGCUCUGUGUUCGAUAUGUCAAGUUCUGAGGAAGGUCCCAGUGUGCCUGGGCCAAGUGAUACAACACGUAGGAACAUCGCUCAGUAUCUGAGCCAAGGUGGACCAGCAACAAGUUUAUUUGACUCUCUGUUUACUGUGAGUCAGGCAGGCCCAACUACUGGGGAGGUAUUUAAAUCACCAAAUACAAUUGCAACUACGACUGAUCCUAUACCAUUCAGGCCUGUGAGUUCUAGUGUGACUAGCUUUACGUCACCUGGUAGGAGUCCAAGCCAUGCUGUAGGUGGUAUGUUACUGCCACCAGGACGCAGUCCAACCAAUUACCCUUCACCAUCAUCCACGCCACAGCAUUUCUCCUCACCCGGGUCCAGUCGCAGCCAACAAUCAAGUCCAGUGAGCCCUAAACUCCCCGGAUCGCCUAGUACAGGACCACCCUCCCCUGGUGGACGUAUCCACUUCCCUCAUCCCUACCCUCAUGGUAAUGGACAUCAACGCCCUGUUGUGGCUCACUCACAGGGCAAACCUAUGCCAGGUAUGGACAGUACUGGCAGUAUAACAAAUUCCAGUCCCCUUUUGGUUAACCUGUUACAGACAGACCUAUCUGGAGGUCAUGUGGUUUCACACCAGGGAAAUCCCCCUCAUCCCCCUCACAUGCAUAUUAACAAUUUCCCUGUUAACAGGAUGCCUCCACCUCAUGGACUGGAUGUACCACAACAGCCACCUAAGCGGAAACGAAAGCCAAGGAAACCAAAACCCAAACCAGUUUCCAACGAUGAUGGUAUCCGCAUUGAUAUUGUUCCGAAUCCCUAUACGACUGAGAGAUCAACUUUAGAGGGACGUCAGGAUUGUAUUAUAAACCCUUACACAGGGCAGUUAGAACCAAGAGAAAAAGUAGAACAAUUAGGUGAAUUGAUAAGCCCAGAGAAACAUGCACAUGAUAAAGGGUCUCCUCCAAGUGCUAGAGGCAUCCCAACCAGCAUACCCCAAUAUAGACUCCAUGCUACAUCUAAUGUCCAAAACCAGGUUACCUCAACAAACAGUUUGCCUGCUAGUGUUACAGAUACAAUAGCAGCUCCUCGACCACCUAUAGCAAAUACAACACCUCAAAAUCAAAUGGCCGUUCCAAUUACCCAUCCCAAACCUCCACGGUCAGAGGAACCUACCAAGCCAAAAAUAGAGGAACAGCUUAGCCCUCCAAUGCCAAGGCAAGAAAUACCGAAACUGAAACUUAAGCUGGUGCGGAAAAAUAGCAAGGAGUAUGUAACAAGUGAAACAAAAAAUGAUGAAAGUGACAUUGCAACAUCAAGUGUUAAUAGUAUGGGGUCACCCUCCAGAGUUUGUGUUGUGCCUAGUUCAGUCACAGCGUCACCACCCUCCACUAACGGCCCUUUAGUUGACCCAACUGUCAGACAUUUACAGUUAUCAGACAAUGGCUUGGGGAUGUCAAAUCCAUCAGUUGACUCUGGAGUGUCAAUGACAUCAGAAUCAUCUCAUAAUUCACCUCCAGAAGAUGCUUUGAAAUCAGUUAGUGAUGGCACUCAGGGCGCACAUACAUCCCUUGGCAAUUACCCCUUCGAUGAAACCAGUUCUACCCUACAUCAGGAUGAAGAGGGUAGAAGUGUUAAACAAACUGUAGUUCAAUCUGGUAAGCCAGCCACCUCAAUAACUGUGGCAUAUGCAUUGGAUCAAAAUACCCCUGAUCUAAGUAAAAGGCUUACUUCAAAUAAACUUACUGAUAAGAUACCCCCUCCUGGACUUUUAAAGGAGAGUUUGAAUAAAAUGGAGGAAGUGUUAGGCCAUGGGAAAUUGUUCUCUAAAGGUUUACUUUCUCAAGAACCUAAAACUGAACAUUAUGAUUUCAUGGAGAAACAAAACACUAAAACUGAAGUUGAGAAAUCACUUCCAAUGUUGAAUGGACCUACAUGGCAUGUACCUCAGGAUCAUCCAGAAAGAACAAAAACAAUUUUGAAUUGUGAUUCAGACUAUCAGAAAGGUAAAAUUCAUGUAAAUAGGAAUAGUCCAAUAAUUGGUUGUAAUGAGAAUGAAAGAAAUAGUCGGAACAGUCCAGGUUGUACCAAUAGAAACAGUCCUCUGAUUCCAGGGGUGUAUGGACAUGUAUAUGAGAAUCACACAAGCCCUCUACAGCCAGGGGUCAGUACUAGUUUACAACAUCCAGGGGUCAGUACUAGUUUACAACAUCCAGGGUAUCCAGGGGUAAGCAAUAGCCCCAGUCAGCUUAGCUAUGGAGUUCAUAUCCCCGGCCAAUCCCAGGGAUCUACAGGUAACAAUAGAAGCAGCCCAGUUGUGCUCCACAGCAGCAGAGGAAGUCCUUUCAACAUAGGCCAGGUACCUGUCAGCAGGCGCAACUCCUUCCCUGAGGCUAUUCUAGGACAACCAACUAAGACAUCACACAUCAUGGGUCAAGACCCAUCUCCUCUUGCAAAAUCCAGUCCAGCUGCUUUACUCACCCAGCUACGCACACAAAGCAACACUGCCUCUCCACCAGGCGUAGAACAAGAUCCUACCACCACACAAGGAUUGGAAGUGCGUGGAAAUAUUGGCUCACCAAGCUUAGAGUUAAACACACACAGUAGAAGUGGGACUUCUCCAAACUUGGAGCUAAGGGGACAUAAUAAUGCUCAAACUUUAGAGCAAGCUACGGCCCAAUAUAUGGCCAGGAAACCUAACAAUACACCUAAUAGAGACAAAUCACGAACAUUGACAUCUACCAGCAUUCCAACUCAGUAUGCACGGCACCAUAUAAACCCUAGUGGGCAUUCUGGACAUAUGAAUAGCAGUAGUGCGGGCAAACACACAACUGUCACCUCAGCAACUGACCACCAACCCGUAACCAGUAGCUACCCUCCCACAACCAAUAUAUGCCCACCUGUAACCAGUAGCGUUUCAUCUGUUAGCACCAGUAGCUCUGUGUCAAAUGCAGGUUAUACACUGGGAAUCACCUCGGGAACUCAUUCUGCAACAUCCGAGUAUACUACAGCUGGAUUACCAAGCCAGGUUCAGCCAUCUGUGACCACAGUGAAUGUAACUAGUAGCGUGACCACCUGUGUAACAACCACUACACAACCAACGUGGGUGUCUGAUCCUCGGUCAAGUGUGUCAACCCAGGAGAGCAGUUUGUCAUCCAGAUCUGUCACCACCCGGGAGCAGAAUGUCCAUGAACAGCAAAUGGCUGUCAUUACCUCCUCUCAGACCCUUGCAGCAUCAGCUCCAAGUGAUUCCGCACAUCUCCACACCAAAUCCAGACCAAUCUCAAUUCUGAAACCGAUGAUCGAACGUGAUGAAGAAAUACGUAAUAAGUUUGAUGAAGUGCGCACUAUAAGUCCUGUAAUGGAGAAAGACCUUUUGAGAGAUCAACAACAAAAAGAUAAUCAGAAAGAACGCAAGAAGAGGAAUUCUGGUGGAUCUCGUGCAGAACACAUCACAGACCAUCUCCCAUUACCUAACUCACAAAAUAUGAAGCCUCACAACAAAGGCAGGUCCUACACUAUAGCUGACAUUCUUGCAGCUGCUGCUAAUAAAACUGCCAAAUCUGAUGCCUUAAUGAAUAUGACCAUAGAGAGCAUGUAUAAUUCAACAUCAGAGCAAAUUAGAGCUGCUAGCCCAAGCCAAGUUGCAACCAGUGGACACAAGUCAGCAUCUGUCCAAAUUGUUGCCAGUGGGCACCAUAGCACCCCUAAAGUUUCUGCCUUGCCUAAAAAUAAAACCAAGAAGUCUAAUCAGAGUGUAGUACAGGUGGAUGGCUUGAAGGAUGAUUUCCCACCAAAUGCCCACCAUUUAACUAACUUCAUGCAGAAGUCAAUGCGUACUCCUAGUAACUCAACUUUACAUUCAAUCACUGCCCCACAGUAUGCCUCUCACCUGACUGAUUCUGUUCAGAAGCUAGUAAAGCCACUCCUCUCUGUUGAUGGUGGCAUGUCCGAGAACCUGUUGCCAGAUACAGGCCCCAGUCAGCUUACUAGUACGCAUAAUGCCAUUGCUAGGAUCUCAUUUGAACCAGAUGGUGUUAAGAUCGUGAAAGAAGAAAACAAGGCAUGUCUGAUGACUUCUUUGGCUUCAAACGAGUGUCAUCAUCAGAUGAAUGAUGUUGGAACUAACUCCACCAGCAUGAUGAAGCCCGACAAAAAUCAUCCCACAUCUACCAGUGAUACCCCUACACCAAGCAGGACCUUGGCAGAGGAAGUCAUAGUUAACAAUAAAGCACAUAUAACAGCUAAUAGUCUGUCACCUCAUAAUACACAGGAUGUUGCGCCCUCGCAAUUAGCACCUGGCAUUGAACCUCCACAUAAUACACAAGAUGUAAUGCCACCAUUUAAAGAAUCUGACACAGGACCCCAACCCCCAGUUUUAACACAAGACAGAGUGUCCCCUGAGGUGAAAAGCAAGCAGGAAAAUUUAAAAGACAAUGUGGACCAAAAUAUUAAUUUAUCAAAAAAUACAAGUGAUUCUCAAAUAGUGGAGGGGGAGCAGACUAAAGUAACAACUCUGGAGCCAAUCAAUGAUAAGAAGUUACCUAUGUCCUCAUAUAAAGUGGUGCAAUCAAUAAACAAUCCAUCACUGAACAAAGUCAUUCGCAUACAGAGCACAAUCCCAGCAAAGAGCCCCAUCUCCCAGAAGCCCCAUCCUAAAAUUUUGGUCUCCUCUGUUCCAUAUACAAUCAUAUCUAAAACCCCUGUCAGUUCGAAUGGACCAAUAUCAUUGCCAAGUUCUAUCAGCCUAACAAAGCUGAGUGCAAAAACAGUUGAUUCUCCUGUCAUGCAAGUGUCAUCGGAUAACCUAGGGAAUUUCCCUGAAAUGAAUGCUCUAUCUACAUCUGAGGUGAAGUGUUCAUCACCAAUUGCUCAAAUCUCAAAACAAAAGGGACUUACGUCUAGCCUAAACACUAUUGAUGUGUCUAAAAGCAGAACUGUAAAUAAACUAAAGGAACCAUCAGAAUCAAAAACUAUUAUAGUGACCAAACUAGAUCCGCCACCCCAAGAAAAGCCAUCCAUGAUUAUAAAAACAAAUGAUCAAAUUGCAGCUAAACAAAAGAUCCAGAUCUCUGUAGUAAAACAGGAGUCUAAACCAGGAGGUGAUGUGAUCAAGAUCAAACAGUUAGAGUCUCCUAAACAAGGCCCUGCCAAGAUCCACAUUUUUGUGAGCUCACCUACUAAGGAGAUGAAAGAUAAUAAACCUGAUAUGGACCAUUCUGCUGAUAAUGCUGUUCAGGAUCCUCUACCCAAAGAACCCAUUGAGCCAGAGACCAUCACAGCUACCAGUUCUGAAAACCCUGAGCCUAAUAUAAUUAUCAGUCAGCAGUCAUCAGUCAGCAGUCCUCCUCUUAAACGACCAAUUGACAUAAAGAACCUGGAAGAAAAUGAUCCAGUUAUUCCUGCCAAGGUUGCUCGGACUUCAAGCAGUGAAGCAGUGGACACAAUGGCAGAUGAUAAAGUUGAUGCAGACAGUAUUGCUACACGUGUCACUAGACAGCAUAGUAAUGAUGUAAAAGUUGAACAGAAUGAGCGCCCGGCUAGUCCAAAAGUGAAGGUGCUAAAGCAGAAGAGCGCUGAGGCCCCCACUCCCAUCCUACCCGACUCCCAUUCUCAGGAGGACAAAGAAACUACCCCCAGGGCUGGGCGGAUCACACGACGAUCUAGCAGAGGAUCUCGCGACUCCAAUGUAUCUACUGCCAGUUUGAAAAAUGAUGAAGAAUCACCUAAAAUUACAAAACCACGUACAAGAAAUGUCAGUGAAUGUUCCUCAGAGAAAAGCUUGCGGAACAAAUCAAAAGAAAGACCUGAUUCACCAACAUUGAACUAUUCACUGCGCACACCAAAAAAUGGAAAUAGACGAAGUACUUCAUCAGACACGACUGUUGACUCAAUAUCUCCUAAAGAUGAAUUGAGAUCCGAGUCUCCGAGAAAUAUUCCAACGUUACGUGGUGCCAAGCGCAAACUUCCUGUUGCAGACACUCCAGUUAAUACUGCCAACGCAACCACUCUAAAUAAGAAAACAAAGUCAGAGAGUGAGACCAAAGAAUGUGAGGACAAUGUACCACUGAGUGAGAUAAAUGACAAAAAGGGCAAAGUUGGUCUUAGGAGUAACCGGCAAACAGGCAGCAAACUAGACGAGAUCAUCCCUCAUGUCCCUGCCCCUGAUAGAGCCUCGCCGCGUAAUAAAAGCAAACCUGUAGUAGCUAAGAAUAAGAAUGGUACUAAAGAUGAGGAUAUCACGGAAGGGGAUAUAAUACAUGAAACCAGGAGUAGGACUAAUAAACCACAGUGCCAAAUAACGGAAGAUAAAAAAGACAACAACAUGAAGAUAAUCGUGAAAGGACAGAAGAUAAUAGAUAGUGGCACCAAAGACACAAAAGAGAAAGUUUUGAACAAAACAUGGAAUGCAAACUCUCCUGUUAAAGAGUCCCUGGAGUCGGACAGAGUUACACGUAGAUCAACCCGGUCUUGUAAUAAAACUAAAGAUGUGGAGAUCACACUACCUGUUGUUGCUACCACUGUUGCGAAUUCAACACGCAGAAAACGAUGAAAAUUAAAACAGCUGGCCAUUUGGAACAAAAUGAAGAAUCCUCACUUAAAAAUUAACUUACUAUGUUUAGGAUUUUUGAACAUGGGAAUUAUAUUGAAGCAAAAGCAGACACUUGUUCAGGUGAUAGGCUCAAAUCAAUGUAGUUCAUAGCAGACUUGGUGAUUUGACCAAAUAUGUUGAUAGUAAGGUCUUGGCCUCUUUAGCUGAAACAUUGGCACAACAAGCAUCACACUCACAAAAAUAUAUUAAAACAGUCCAAGCAUAGAGAUUUUGUAGAGUUACACUAUGGCAUUAUUUAAAUACACUAUGAUAGUGACCAGAUGCACUUUGUUAUUAUGUUGAAGUGCUCUUCAAAUUGCAAUCAGACACAUCAUAAUGACAAGAUGCAACAAAGGGGAAUGCAUCUAAGGGGAAUGUGUCAAAGGGGAAUGCACCAAAAGGGAAUGUAUCAAUAUUGAUAGAAGAACUGUAAAAGAUUAAUUUAUCAUUUUUGCCCAGUUCACAAAAAUAUAAAACUGGGCGAAUCUGGCUUGUCAAAUUGAUAACUUGUAAAUAUUAACUAGCUUCAUGAUGUAGAUAAUGACUAAUCCACAAAAAAGAUGAGCCAGGAUUCUGUUAAUAGAAGCUAUCAUGAAAUGGGGCUUGGCAAUAUAUUGUAACAAGGGAGACAAAUUCUGUAGAUUACUUGCAAUAUUAUAACUGUACAGAUCAACCUAGAACUACUGUACAUGCUUUAUUAUUAGCUAUAUAUAUAUAUACAUACAGACAGACAGUGUACAGUCUAGUGGAUCCUGUAAAUACACUAUGUAAUAUCAAUUAUUCUUAUAUAUUAUAUAUCAUACAUUUAAGGCCAUAGCGUUACAUGUACUUUGAUAAUUCACAAUUCAUAUAUACAAGAUGUAAUAAUAUUAUAUACAUGAUGUAAAGAUAGUACAAUUUAUUAAAUAAUGAAGUUGUAAAUUACAAGGACUGUUUUGUCCUGUAUAAAUUAAGGAUGCAAUAUUCAAAUAUUCUCUCUUUAUCCAACAUUUCUCAAUUGUUGGCUUCAUUUUCUUUUCUUAUUUGUAUUUCUUCUAUAAAAUGUACCUUUCGAAAUCUUCAGCAAAUCAACUGUGAUGACCAUGUUUUGGUUCAGAGCUUAGAUAUUCCAAGUUCCAACUAUAGUUAGGAUAUUUGGUAGAACCUAUUAUCUAACUUCUUUUGGAUUUCAUUUUGAGUAAAAAAACAUGAGUAUUUUGAUUAUGUUGUUCAGUGAUAUUAUUAUUGACAUUUUUAGAACUUUGACAUUUCUGAAGAGGUGCUAGAUUAAACUAGGACAUUAGUGCAUUUCAUGAAAUAUGUUUUCACAAAAUAUUGGAUUCGGUGUAUAAAACUAAAAUGGAUUUCCAGUUAUAUUUUAACAUGGGGAUGGAAAUACAUAAUUAAACAUCAUAUAUUUUCUCUUUAUUUUUAAUAUCCUCUAUGGAAUAUGCUGUAUAUGUAAACCAAGGGUGCCUAGGAGCAGUAUUGCAUCCUUGGUUAAACUAAGUUCAUUUUGAUAUUUUUGCUAUGUGUGACUUAGAAAUUUGCUGAAAUAAACUAGCUCUGUAUGUUA